AUGGACCGCCUGGAAAUUUCAGAGAAGAGUCAACUGAGGUGGUCGAGACAGCGCCUGGAGACAGAUGUGUGUGUGGCCAGUCACCAGGCUGCUGAACCAGAAGUCAUCCAGAGCUAUGUCAAGAGGAUCCAGGAUGUAGCGGAGCAGGGGGUGAUGUUUGUGGGCUUCCUCCAGCAGCCAGGCGGAGGACCCUGCUACUCAGGGAACUGGGACCCUGAGGAUCUGUCCUCCUUACAUUCAAGCCCCUCACCUAUUCACCGACAUCCCUUCAGCGCCAAAAACAGCCCAACAGAUCCAACAGAACCACAUCAUAAUGAGCCCGGGUUAGAUCAUGAAGGUGUAGAAAAUCACACACAGGACGACGAGACAAGAGACGUCAUGCCUCUGAAACCCAUCCAGAGUUUAGAGCUCGACCAAGAGGAGGCCAGUGAGCAAAUCUUCAACGAGUCACUAGAAUCAAGGAACCAGCAUCUCAGCGGUGUGGACACAGUUCUUAAGCGUUCAAAUCAGAACCCAGCAGAAGCCCAGGUGAAGCCGCUGUGUCCCAGCCCUCCAGAAGCUGCAGGUAUAAUCAGACAGCAGGGAGGCCGUCUACCAGACCUCCAAGAGUCCACAGAGAAACAUUUGGAUCUUUCCAAUCAGACAGACAGACAGAGCUCGAGCUCCUGCAGCUGGCCCAGCUCUCCUGAGCUGGAUCGAGGCACGGAGAGAAAGUCCUCCCGCACAGAGGGGCAGAGCAGAGCGACGACGCACAACAACAACCAUAUCCGGAUCAAGGGUUCAGAGAAAGAUGAGAAUGCAGCUACACCCCCAGCGCAGGGGAUGCAGCUCUUCGCCUUGUACAACCACACGGAGGAGUUGAACACUUCUCUGAGGUUCUACUCUCUCAGGGUGCCGCUGCAGGUGCAGAAGGAAGCAGGGCUGAUCACAGAUGUCGACACAAACUGGCUCGACCACAUGACUCAGCAUUUCACCAGCGGGGCGCACCUCAUCGAUGGGUUCUUCCAACUUGAAGACAAUGACGGUAUGGCCUUUCAUCAAGCAAACACUUAA